UGUGAAGUUGUUAUAAGGUAUUCGUUCAGAUCCAUAAUGGGACUUUUUGGAAACUUUGUCGCUGGAGGACUAGCAGGCUUGGCUGUCGAUCUCUGUCUGUUCCCACUGGACACUAUCAAGACCCGGCUGCAGAGUGAGCAAGGAUUCUUCAAGGCGGGAGGAUUUUCUGGAAUCUACAAAGGGAUUGGGUCUGUUUUGUCUGGAUCUAUUCCCUCGGCUGCGAUAUUCUUCAUUGUAUACGAAGGCUUCAAAGCUUACUACUCAAUCUAUCCGCCAGGAUCAACGUCCGAGGCAGCGGUUCAAGCAAUUGCAUCUGCGCUUGGAGCUAUCGCCGCUUGUAUAGUCCGAGUACCUGUAGAGGUGGUCAAGCAGAGAUCUCAGGUAUCUUUGGACAGCACUAAAUCAAGUCUCGAUGUGUUCCGCGAGACUGUGGCGAAAGAGGGAUACCAUGGUUUAUAUCGCGGCUUCCGAAUCACUGUGAUAAGAGACAGCUUGUUUUCGCUUCUGGAAUUCCCAAUCUGGGAACAAAUGAAGACUUUCUAUGCGGUCUAUUAUGGUCUAGAAAAAACUGCACCCCUCGCUGGUGCCUGCCUGGGAGGUGUUGCCGGAGCGAUAUCUGGAUUCCUGACCACUCCCAUUGACGUAGCUAAAACCCAGAUGAUGUUGGCGGACUCAGAUGCUUUGGCUACCAAGAUGGGACUACUGCAAUCUCUCGUUCGAAUUGGCGGACAAGGAGGUCUGCCAGGAUUGUUCAGAGGUGCAGUCCCUCGUGUAUGCUGGAUCUCAAUUGGAGGAUUUAUCUUCCUGGGCGUUUAUGAUUCGGCAUUGACAUACAUGAGCACAGUUGCGGUAUAAAAUGUGCCUUGAAACUUGGAUCCAAAGCGAAAGGUGCAAGUGAUUACAUCAUGAAGGUUAACAAAAACUAGAAUUAUAAUCAUCAUCAGUUGCUGUCACGUAUAGCUCUUAUUCUCUUUACAUAUCGAUUUUGUUUAUUAUGAAAAUAUGAAGCAGACUUGAAAAGUUAUCUAUUGAUGAAUAUUGGCUCUAUUGCGCUUGAUUUUUUAUUUCAGUCUGACUUUUUCUUUUGCUCGAUGUAAGUAUUUGUAAUUAAUCCAAUAUGUAUUCUUAAACCACGAUGGUGUCCACAAAAUCUUAUAUUGUCAAAUUUUUAUUGUAAAUAAGUAAAAAUUUAUGUUCUUUAACCCAUGAUCGGGUUAUUUGUUGAUUGCUUAUCGUCCAAUUCGUUUGUGAAAUUAUAGAUUUUAUCCAUUUAGGUGCUUCAAUGUAAAAACUUAAUUGAACGUUUCCUGAAUGGUCUUUCGUAAAUACUUCUGUUUUAAUAUUUUGUUAACUCUGUUUUCUAUUUAAACGUUACUUUUGCCAGCUCCGUCGCCGCUAAAACGCCCAUAUGAACACGUUCUGGUUGCUGAGUUACAUGCUGGUUGGAUGGUUGGAGUCACUUUUUAAUGACCAGUACUUUUAUUCAGUUGCACC